AAGCAAGUAGUCCCUCAAGAUGAGUCUCAGCGGCAAGGUGGUUAUUGUGACUGGAGCCAGCAGCGGCAUUGGAGCAGCCAUUGCCCAGGUAUUGGCACGUGAAGGUGCCCAAUUGUCAUUGGUGGGUCGCAAUGUGGCCAAUUUGGAGGCCACUCAAAAGACUUUGCUGGAGAAAUUUGCCGGCAUUAAGGUACAAAUUGUGACAGCCGAUGUGACCAAGGAUGCCGAUGUGAUUGUUAAGAAAACCCUUGAUAAAUUUGGCCGCAUCGAUGUCUUGGUUAACAAUGCUGGCAUUUUGGGUGUUGGCGGUAUAGAAACAUUGGACAUUGAGGCAUUCGAUGCUGUCCUCAAUACAAAUGUGCGUGGAGUUAUUCUGCUAACAAAGGCAACCAUCCCACAUCUAUUGAAGACCAAGGGAGCUGUGGUCAAUGUAAGCAGCUGUGCUGGAAUACGUCCGUUUGCCGGUGCCCUCAGUUAUGGCGUCUCGAAGGCCGCUCUAGAUCAGUUUACAAAAAUCGUUGCUCUUGAGAUGGCACCCAAGGGUGUGAGGGUCAACUCGGUCAAUCCAGGAUUCGUGGUGACCAACAUUCAUUCCGCUGUGGGCAUUGUUGGUGAUGAAUAUCAGGCGACAGUGCAGCGUGCCAUCAAUUCACAUCCCAUGGGACGAGUUGGCGAUGUCUUUGAAGUGGCUGAAGCGGUGGCAUUUUUGGCUAGCUCCAAGGCUAGUUUCACCACCGGAGCACUAUUCCCCAUCGAUGGUGGCAAACAUAACUUUACACCCAAAUAGACAGCGUAUUGAAUCAAUUUUUGUUUUUUUUUUUUUUGUUUUAUCUGUG